AUGGUCAAAACUUCGAGACAUACAAUCGAAAACCCUUUGGGUCCACCGGUGAACGUUUCGCUGAGUAUUUCAGAAGGCACGGAAAAUGUGUUAAAAUUGCCAAUCUCAAUGGUGAUCUCGACUGCAGCAGAUUCUGCCACGCACAAGAUGCUAUGUUACGUUUAUUCAAUUCCCACUUCAACAGAUGUGCUGUCGACAGUGCUCAGCGACACCAAUGAUGACAAAGUACGAGAAACAGCGGUGCGAAUUUCCAAGUUAUGUGCGAAGAAGAGCCGAAAGCCGUUUUAUUUGACUAUGGCGGGCGACGGGGGUCCUAGUCAGAUGAACGUGGAUCAGCUUUUGUUGUGCAGGGAAUGCGUUGGUCUAGUAGACAGGGGAUGA